GGUAACUGCAACGUCUUCAACGAAAGGCUCCGAUUAUAGAAUUUCUGCACCUCUCUCUCUCUAUAUCUCUAUCAAUGGCGGCCUGGUUAGAGCCACCGUUUACAACUCCUUUAUUCUCCACAGACUCGGCGCACAAGUUAGCAAAACCUCCUUCAUUUGCCUUUUAUCCUGUCUCCCAUGGUGUCUCAACCUCCUCUACAGCCAUUUCCUGUUCUUCCCUGCAACUGCAGCCUACUGAAGAUUUCCUAUCUCUCGAUCCUCUUCUCACUCCCGAUGUUUCGCUGGAACGGAGCACCAAAGACCGUCGGAAAGUUGUUCGAUUAGCUUGGGAGAAGUUGGUUCGUUGGUCCCGCUCCUUGCGUUCCAAAGCUAAGACCGAUGUUCUCGAACGCACUAAGAAGGUUGUGGUGCUUGGAGGUGGGUCUUUUGGAACAGCAAUGGCUGCUCAUGUUGCAGACAGAAAGGCUGAACUAGAAGUUAACAUGCUAGUGCGUGAUCCUCAUGUUUGUCAUUCUAUUAACAACGAUCACUAUAACUGUAAAUACUUCCCAGAACAUAGGCUUCCUGAUAAUCUUAUAGCAACAACUAAUGCAAAAAUUGCCUUGCUUGGUGCUGAUUUCUGUCUUCAUGCUGUGCCUGUCCAGUCCAGUUCGUCUUUCUUGGAGGGUAUUGCAGAUUAUGUUGAUCCAAGUUUGCCAUUCAUCUCUAUCAGUAAAGGGCUUGAGCUUAAUACAUUCAGGAUGAUGUCACAGAUUAUACCUCAAGCCUUGAAGAAUCCACGUCAGCCUUAUGUUGUUCUAUCUGGACCUUCAUUUGCAUCAGAACUGAUGAGCAAGUUACCAACAGCAAUGGUGGUGGCAUCAAAAGACAAAAAGCUGGCAAGUGCUAUUCAACAGCUGCUAGCUUCUAGAAAUUUGAGAAUCAGUACCUCAAGCGAUGUUACAGGCGUGGAGAUUGCUGGUGCACUGAAAAAUGUACUUGCAAUAGCAGCAGGGAUAGUAGAAGGCAUGAACUUGGGUAAUAACUCUAUGGCUGCUCUUGUUGCACAGGGCUGUUCAGAGAUUCGGUGGUUAGCAACCAAGAUGGGUGGGAAAUCAGAAACAAUAUCCGGAUUAUCAGGAACUGGCGACAUCAUGCUUACAUGUUUUGUGAAUCUCUCAAGAAACCGAACAGUUGGUGUUCGUCUUGGGUCGGGAGAAAGUCUUGAUGACAUACUAAGUUCCAUGAAUCAGGUGGCUGAAGGUGUAUCAACAGCAGGAGCUGUGAUUGCUUUGGCUCAUAAAUAUAAUGUCAAAAUGCCAGUCUUGACAGCUGUUGCUAGGAUCAUCGACAACGAAUUGACACCUCAAAAAGCUGUCCGCGAGUUGAUGAAUCUUCCACAGGUUGAAGAAGUGUGAGUAGAGAUACCUUGGCCUAAUUUUGUGCAAGUAUCAUUAACUUCUCUCAUUUCUUAUUAUGCUUUCUUCCAUUUAUUUUUCUGUAAAUGAUUAAAGAAGACACCACCUUUUAUCAUUC